UCUCGUCCUUGAAUAUAACCGUUCAGCAGGCGAUUACCAAGAUCCAUUCCCUGGACCGCGGGCUCCGGGUCGCCACACAACGACAUGCUGUCCCACCUGCUGCUGCUGAUCGCGACCGCGGCCAUCGUCGCGGGGAGCCCCACGUCGAGCCGGGUGAAGACCCACAACAAGCUGCUGAUGAUCUCCUUCGACGGGUUCCGCUGGGACUACGACCAGGACGUGGACACGCCGAACUUCGACCAGCUGGUUCGGGAUGGCGUGAAGGCCAAGUACAUCUCCCCUCCCGCGAUCACCAUGACCUCCCCGUCCCACUUCACCACCGUCACCGGCCGUUGGAUAGAGGACCACGGCGUGGUCCACAACAUGAUGUACAACGCCACCACCAACCAGAAGAUCCCCCACAAGGUCGCCAUGACCCGGUCUGAGUGGUGGGACAACGGAGCCCUACCCCUGUGGAUCACAGCCCAGAACCAGGGCCUGAAGGCGGCGUCCUUCUACUACCCGGGGGGCGGAGUCACAUACCGAGGGCAGCCGGUGAACCGGGCGCUGGUGGAGGUGGCGAACCGGCCCGACGACAACGAGACGGAGUGGCGGGAGAACAUCGACAAGGUGAUGGGCUGGUUCUCCCAGGAGGACUUCGACUUCGUGACGCUGUACUACGGAGAGCCCGACAACGUCGGCCACGCCAAGGGCCCUGACCACCCCAAGAGGAAGGAGAUCAUCCGGCAGAUCGACCGCACCGUGGGCUACCUGCGCACCGCCAUCGCCCGCCACGGCCUGAACGACAGCCUCAACGUCAUCAUCACCUCUGACCACGGCAUGACCACGGUGAAGAAGCGGCCGGAGGUGGACGAGAUCGUCCUCAACAAGUACCUCAACCUGCUGAAGCUCACCAGCUUCGAGAUCCUGGACUACGGCGGCUACGGCAUUGUGACGCCGCGGCCCGGCCGCGACCAGGAGGUGUACGACCUGCUGUCCCUGGCGCCCAACCUCACGGUCUACAAGAAGGAGGAGCUGCCCGAGAGCUUCCACCUCCGGCUGAGCGAGCGCAUCACGCCCAUCGUGGUGGUGGCUGACCUCGGCUUCAACCUCAACUCGAGGUUCAUCGUCUACGUGAACAAAGGCGACCACGGCUUCCACAACGGUGAGAUGGACAUGAAGAUGAUCUUCAGGGCCUUCGGACCUGAGUUCAAGAGGGACUUCGUGGCCGAGCCGUUCGACAGCAUCCACAUCUACCCCCUGAUGUGCCGCCUGCUCAGGAUCCGAUCAGAGCCCAACAACGGCUCGCUGCUGUUCACUGAGGACAUGCUGCUCCAGGGGGUCCCAGUCCCAGUCCCAGGUGCAGUCGGGGUUCGCAGCGAAUCAGGUCUCGCUAUCCUCGCGUCGCUGGCCCUUUACCUUCUCACCGUCUGCUAGCCUUUGUGUCGUGUCCGUUUCUCCCCCCUUUCUUUGGUGCUCCCGGUCAAAUUUGACUGGCCUGUUUUAACUGCCCCUUACAUUAACAUAAAAAAAAUGUAUCAUCACCAAAUUUUAUUUAACUCCCUUUUAACCUGUAAACAAUGUCUCAGACUACUGGUUUACAAUAAUAACUGCAGUGAAUAGAGACAGAAAUUGAAAGUUGUAUUCCAAAAUUAAAAUUUAUUGUAAAAACAAAAAGACAGAAAAAUUAAAACAGAGACCAAAUUCACAGAACAUCAACAUGAACACAAGGUGCUGGCGCUUUGAAUUAGAGGAGUCACUAAAGCUUUCCCCAGCUCUUCCAGGAAGAGUCUCCUCUUGAAACAUUUGCCCUGAUUCCAGGCCGGGUCGAUCGCUGUCCACACCACAUAUGCAUUACAUGCAGACACAUCGAGGAUGUUGUGGAACACCGUCACAGGCUAAAGAGCGGCUAUUCGCUUGCAGGUGUAUGUACCAGUAAGCUGCAUUGAUGGAAACAAUAUUGAACUUGUCUUGCACAAAAUGCAAUGUUUUUUUUCUCUUACAUGAAUACAAGUAAAUCAAAAGCAUGACAGAUGAAAAUGUACGUUACCUUAUCAAGGCAGUCAACGCCUCCUUUGUUUCUGUUGUAGUCCAGGACGGUCUGGGGCUUCCUUUGCUCUGAUUCGCUGACAGCGGCGUCUUUGUGUACAGCGCUCAUCAGGAUGACAUUCUUAUUUUUCUUGGGCAAAUAUGACACAAGACUGUGCGUCAGUGAAAGCAAAUUUGGAUGAGAGUGCCUCGCACCCUGUGGUCGACAACAGUGCAGGGGGAAGUUGAGGCUUCUCCUUCCUCACUGUCCCCACCAUGGUGAGCUUUCUUAUCAGCUUCCCUGACCAAGCGCAUGUGAUGUGAAAAAGUUACCACAAGUGAUGUUAUGCCCCUUGAGGCCCGCUUGUUUUUUUUUCUGGCCUUCCAGUAACAGGUUUCCCUGUCUGAACCUGCAUAUUCCAGGCGUAGCUGCUCCUGGCAUCACAUGCUGCCCAGAUCUCGAUCCCAUACUUGCCUGGUGUGCUUGGGAUGUACUGUUUGAAUGGACAGCGACCUCUGAAAGGGACCAGGCGCGCGUCCACAGUCACCUCAGGGCCUGGGUUGUACAUCAGUGGUAGGCGCUACACCCACCUGUCACCUCAGGGCCUGGGUUGUACAUCAGUGGUAGGCGCUCCACCCACCUGUCACCUCAGGGCCUGGAUUGUACAUCAGUGGUAGGGGCUCCACCCCACCUGUCACCUCAGGGCCUGGGUUGUACAUCAGUGGUAGGUGCUCCACCCACCUGUCACCUCAGGGCCUGGGUUGUACAUCAGUGGUAGGGGCUCCACCCUCCUGUCCCAAUCGUUCCUGAUGGCAGCCAGUUUGUCGUCUCGCCAGCGGAAAGGUCGUGUAGCUCUGUCAUCAAAUCUGUUAACUCUUGAGAGGAUAUGAAACUGCUGCAGGGACAUAGUUGACCGGAAUAUAGGCCUCCCUGACUCUGCAUCCCACAGAGUUUUUGUAGCCUCAUUGUUGGACCGAUGUACUCCUGCUAGAAUCAACAGACCCAGGUAGGCUUGGAGGUCUACCUGGUCCAAUGCCUUCCAUGUGUCCGCAAACACACGCCCCCCUUCCAGGUUUGUCAUCAGCAGUAUAAUCUCCACAAUGGAGUCUGGUAAAAAGAGUUGAAAGCUGGACUUGAUGUCAUCCACCCGAGAUGUUGCAUACCGUGUUGGCCCUGGCGUCAUCCUAAUGAUACUUUCCCCUCUUGCUCUGCCUCCUCUGUCCUGGGGGAUGAAUACCAGAGCAAGUGGCCAUCCUUGGACUGGAAUGUCACCUCAGGUGUGUCUUCCCCAGGGGCCUCUUCCUCAGGUGCCUCUGCCUCAGGUGCCUCUUCCUCGCCAUCCGUUGACUGUUCGGUCUCAUGAUGGUCUGGAUCAAAAUCAGGAUCGUUGUCUUCUAUUUCUGAGACAUCCUUAUCCAUAGCUGGUUCAACUUCAAUCCCCUCUUCAUCAAUUUGAAAAAAAAGGUCAAGAGCUUCUCUAACAGAAAAUCGUCUGAUGGGGCGCCGACUCAUUGUGUUCAGAGUAAAAUGUUCAAAUGCCUAGUGUGGAGGAUAUCAUAAGCCCUCGAGACAAAUAAAUGUAAAACACAAUAUUUAUGAUUGAUCGAAAUGGUAAUCGGUCAGAUUUGACCCCGACACGACAGGAAGGCUAGAGCAGUCAGGGUCACCUCUCAACCCCCACGCCACCCACACACCCACACCAAUCACACAGACAAUUUCUAACAAUAUAAUCUUUAUUGUGUCAUUAAAGAAUUUAUAUUAUAAAAACAA